GUACCCCAUAGCCAUGUCCAUCACAGACAGCGUCGACCUGGCCAGCAAAUCUGAGAAGCCUGUGUCUAUGAUUUGGGGGUGUGAGCUGAGCCGUGAGCGGGACUCCUACACCUUCCAGGUAUCUGAGGAGUGGCAAUGCGAGCAGCAGCUGGCCCUGCGCACAAUUUGCCUGGGGGAGACCGCACGGGACGAGUUCCACGUGGUGGAGGUCGUGGCGGCCGAGGAGGGGGACGCUCGUGCCCCCGUCCCCUUGGCCACGCUGAAGCCCUCGGUGCUGCCCAUGGCCCCCCUGGCGGGAGUGGAGCUGACCCCCCCGGUCACCUUCCACCUGCGCACCGGCUCCGGCCCCGUCUACAUCAGCGGGCAGCACGUUUCCAUGAUGCCCAACCUGUCCUGGGAGGAGGAGGAAGAAGAGGAAGAGGAGGAUGCUGAGGAAGAGGAGGAGGAGGAGACCCCUGAGAAGGCCCCCAAGGGCCCACCUGCCAGGAAGGGCAAUGCUGCCAAGAAGAGGAGGCUGGACAAGGAGGAGGAGCCAAGCAACCCCUGUCCCGAGGAGCCCCUUCCCAGCAAG